CCCAGGGAAUCCAAGCAUCUCUCUCCAGAGAAUCGCAGAGAUGAUGGUUCUGGCCCUCACCCUCUUCUGCCUCCUCCUUGCAGGGAAUGAAGCCAAAGUGUUUGGGAGAUGUGAACUGGCUGCGCGAUUGAAACGGGCUGGGAUGGAUGGAUAUCGUGGCGUCAGCCUGGCCAACUGGAUCUGUGCCGCUUAUCAUCAAAGCUCAUUUAACACCAGACUCAUGGGGCCACAAACCUCCAGCGGCAAUCGUGAGUAUGGAAUCUUUCAGAUAAGCAGCCGCUGGUGGUGCGACAAUGGACAUCGCCCAACAGCCAAUGGGUGUAGCAUCUCCUGCUAUGCGUUCUUAAAUGAUGACAUCACAAAUGAUAUUAACUGUGCCAAGAGGAUUGUCCGUGACCCCCAAGGGAUGAAUGCAUGGUAUGCUUGGAAGAAACAUUGCAAAGGAAAAAAUCUCUCAAAGUGGACAAGAGGUUGCAGACUCUGAGUUCCAUGGUCCUGAAUGAAUUCCAGCAUUUCUCUCGAGAUCCCCUUUGAUGAAACGUCUACCUACUGCCAUAUAAUCAAAAUCCAGCUGCUGCUUCCUGCACUAGCAUUUGCAUAUUGUGCCACACCCCAUGGGGGAGGGAAAUGGCCCUCUUUCUAUAUGAAUGAGGGGAAGUGAUUGUUUUUUUUAAAGUGUGUCUGGGCUGGUCAGUCAUCUUGCUCUGGAUUGCAAGCCUCUCUGCUUGAAAAUUUCCAAUAAAUUGAACAUAAACAAAACUCUUUUCUUGUUUGAUGGGUGAAUAGAAAGAACAGAAUUAAGUUAAGCAUCAUCAUCAUCCCAUCAUAAUUUGCAGGGAAGUGCAGAAGCGUUCCUAGGUCCCUUGCACCCCUGGCAAGGAGCUGUAUGGGCACACACACACACACACCAGAAAAGAUCCCUUCUCCCACAUGUGAUCUUGCUGUGACAGCAGCGAUGCACUGCCACACACAUACACACCAUAAACUCCAUAGUCUCUCACAGUCUACCUUCAUGCUUCCUGCCAUCUCUCCCACCACUCAGCUCCCAGCUCUUGUCUAAACUCAAGACCUUACACAGACAACUAGUGACAGAUUUCUGGGGUGACUUACAAAUGUCAGAGAGAUUGGAAAAUGGGCCCCAAGUUUGCAGUCAAUUUAAAAUUGGAACACAUCCUAUAAUAUUCCCAUUGUUUCCUGACUGACUUUCUCCUGCUUAUUACUUCUGGUACAUCCUAUUAUGAAGUUUUCCUAAACAAAAUAAAAAAAACUCCUUCCAGUA